CUGCCUAAUUCACUCUCUCUCUCUCUCUGCCUCUUCGCGCGCACUGAGAUCGCACGGCCCCUGACGGGAGACAGACUCAGAGACUCAAGCCGGGACAGACUCGAAUUCGAGACUCGGAGAUCGUGCCAGAGCCGUGAGCCCGGGAUUGCUGCCCCACAAUGCUGCCCCUGCUGAGGCCGCCCCUGCUGAGGCUGCCCUGCCGAGGGCUUCCCCGUGCUGCUGCUCGAUCGACCCUUCUCCGUGCACUCCACGCAAGUAGGGGUCUCUGCUCAACUGGGCCGGCGCAGGGACCCGAGAACGAGGAGGGGGCGGAGGACGCAGGAGUGGGGGGUGUUGCAGGGGCGACCCCCGCUCGCCUCACCUGGAGCUACGUGCACGGCGCCUCGCGCUCCCCCCUGCUGGGCACCACGCUGGGCGCGCGCCUCGAGCUCGCGGCGCGUGCCCAGCCCCAGCGCGCGCUCCUCGUCUGCGCCGAGCGGCGCGCUGAGUUCACCUACAGCCACCUGCUCGAGCGGGCGGACCGCAUGGCCGCGGGCCUGCUGGCUCUGGGCGUGACGCGUGGCGACCGCCUAGGGAUUUGGGGCCCCAACUCGGUCGAGUGGGCGCUCACUGCGCUGGCCGCAGCACGCGCGGGCAUCGUGCUGGUGAACAUCAACCCGGCGUACCAACCCCAGGAGCUGGAGUUCGCCCUCAAGAAGGUUGGCUGCAAGGGGAUCGUCUCUGCGGUGGAGUUUAAGGGUCGCAACUACCUAGACCUCUUGACUCAGCUCUGCCCUGAGCUGCCCUCCAGCUGCCCUGGAGACCUCCACUCUGCCCGGCUCCCGGAUCUCCGGGUCGUCAUCUCGCUGGGGGAGGGGGAGCCGAGUCCCGGGGCUCUGUCCGUGCGCGAGGUGGAAGGCCGCGCCACCCCGGGCCUGGAAGCGGAGCGCCACGCGAUCCACUCGGCCCUGUCGUGCGACGAUCCCAUCAACAUCCAGUACACCUCGGGAACCACGGGGCAGCCAAAGGGAGCGACGCUCACGCACCACAACAUCCUCAACAACGCCCACCUCCUGGGGGAGCGCAUGGGACCUCCUCCCUCCGUCUCGCGGUUCUUCUACGCUUACAUCAAAGGCUUGGACCCGUGA